AAGGCGAUUUAGCGCGCAAUUUUCAAUUCGGGAGCUUAUUUGAAAUAUGCGGAGAUAAGUUUCGGGAUAUAUUACGUCAUCUAAUGCUACAGGAACCCAUUCUCCAUCUUAGUUUGGAAAAAGAAAACCUUAAUUCAGCGUUCCUUCCUAGUAUAUCUCACUCCAAAAAAAGAAUUGAUAAGUCUAACACCGAAGAUAUCAGGGGCAUUUGUAGAUUUCCACAGGAAAAAAAAAUGCCGGCUCUUUCUACUACUCCUCGCACUCAGGGUCAUUGCAGGUCCGGAUCAACUAAUACUGAUUCUCUAUUUGUCCGUCCAAAUUCCCAAAUAUCAUCUAAACUGCGAGCAGCUGGCGAGCCCACAUUAAAAAAGUCGUCUAGCUACCAAAAUAUUAAAAUUGCCAAUAAUGGAAAAGGACAGGCAAUGCAUUUGUCAAAUCUCCAGGUUACUCAGCCAGGUAAACGAAAAAAUCUUAACAGUAAACAAAAGCACCAUAGUAGUGCCGCUAACAUUCCCACUGUUUGUUCUAAAAACACUGAGCUAACUUCAUCGGAACCUCACUUUCAAACUCACCUUAACAAUCAUUCUAACGCUCACCGCAUAUCUGUGAACAGCGACCUACUUUCACGUGUGGAAAGGGAGAAAAAGCAAUAUGAAGCUCGGAUAUCGGAAUUAACACAAGUCACAGAAACACGCAAGAUGGAAAUAGAAAAGUUAACAUUCGAAGUUCGUCGUGCUAAAGAAGAGGCGUCAAAAGCUAUUUUAUUGACUGAGGAAACUAAACUUGAAAACAUCCAGCUCCGAAAUCAGUUGCUAGCUCUCGGAAGUCCAUGCAAAAAAGAUGGAGAUCAAGGUUCCUGCGUAGAAUCCCAUCAAAACACAAAAUUGAAUUCCACAACUCCUAGUUCACGUAAGUUAUUUGCCUGCACUUCGUCUCCUCCUGAAUCACUUGGCACAACAACACGUCUUACUCCAGGUGGAGCCACCACCAUAUUUACUGGAGGUGUUACAGCUAGUUCAUUAUCAAGUGAAUGGAAUGAAAUGGCACCAGGGUAUGAUUUAUGUCCUACUGAAGAGCCUACUGUAUAUGAUACUAACUAUUCAAGUGAUUUGGAAAAUAUUAGUAGUAGAAAUCUGAAAGAAAACCCAGUCGUUAGUAUCGCUACUCUCCAAGGACGUUUACUACAAAUGGAGGAGGCAAACUAUACAACCAACGAAGAACUCCAGGCCACAUUGCAAGAACUAUGGGAUCUACAGCGCAGUGUUGAUGAGGCUCAUGAAGAGGCCCACAGUCUUGCCUUUGAGCGCGCGAUUUUAUUGGAAGCUCUCUCAACCCAGACUUCAAAACUUGAACACUGUCGAUUUCAAAUUGAACAGUUGAAACACUUGUUGCUCACAGAUCGUAGUGCCCAAACUCCUGGUUCACGAGAGAAUCACUUUUGUGAGUUAUAUGCUUCCAUCGAACAAGAGAAACAAGUUCUACUAGGUCAAAAUAAUGACUUGGCCCAAAGUUCAGAAAGUCUUGCUCGUGAAUGCCGUAUUUUGACAGAAAAAGCGUCAGCUUUGCAAGACAGUUAUGAUGCUUUAGAAACGAAGCAUUCUUCUUUGGAAAAAGCAUACCAAUCUGUUUCUUCAGAAUUAACUUCGCUUAAAAGUCAAAUUUCUCUAGAUUGUUGUAAAAGUUCACUAAAUAAACAGGAUGAUAUAUCAGAUCACUCGAAAAGAGUUAGCAUUGCUGUUCAAACUGAUUGUGUUUUUCUUAUUGAUUCACUUGAAAACCCACUCUCUGUAUCCAUUAAUGAAGAUAGAAAGAAAUUGAAUGAAAUCACUGUUGAGUUGCAUAAAAUCAAAGAAAAUUAUGAAAUUCUACUUUGUGAACGUGAGCGUGAACAAACUGAAUGGCGGUUAUAUGAGCGAGAUUUGUUAAAAGCUGUUCAAGUCGCUGAUGAAAUCAAAACGGAAUCCGAACUGGAAUCUCGCCGUCUAAGCUCAGAGAAUGCAUCCCUCAAAGAACAAGUUGAAAAAUUAACUAAAGAUUCUACUCGUUUGAAUUCUGAAAUUACAAUAUUAAAAGAUAAAAUCAACUUAUCAUCAUCUAGAAAAAUUGGAAACGAACAUCUAAACUUUGCUUCUGGUUUUCAUCUACCGUCAGAUGGAACGGAUAAACCAAAUCCCAACCCUACCUCAGUCUCAUCUACCUCAUCUUCAUCAAACCAACCAAUUCUAUCAAAUAUCAUUCAGAAUAUUUGUCCAAGUAGUUCCGCUUAUCUUACAACAAAUGCAACAACUAACUCAUGUCGUUUAGCAGCCGGCACACUGACAGACAAUAGCUACACUGGACGUAAUAGUAUAAUGCAUCCUUUUACUGCACAUCGUUCCACUGGAUUCAAUCAUACAAACCAUUUACAUUCUACGUAUCCAGGUUCACCUGGAGCACCAGGUCGACCUAGUGCUCUAUCAACUGGGCCAACUGUACGCAGUUUAAUUCAAAGUAUUGAAAAUCAGGUCAAAGCGGUCCAACAUCAAAAACGCAGUACAACAUCUGCAUCAGUCGGUAAUUCACGUCCAGUUCGUUUAUACACUAAUACUAAUAACAAUGACAAUAGUAAUAACGGAAAAAAUAAUCGACAAAAUAUUUCAUCAUGUCUUAGUUUAAUGUCACCAACUGGGUAUCCGGGAAAGUCGACUACACCUAUUAGUAAUAAUAAUGGUAAUGGAAACAAUGAUACUGGUAAUUCCACUUCAACUCAUCAACUGAAUUCAAGGACAACUAUCACUAAUCCUGUCAUUUCAUCAGAAAUUAAUUACAAAGUGAAGAACCAGGAGAACAGAGAUAUGAACAGCCUGAUUCAUACAUCAGCACCUGGUGGACCGAGUUCCACUAUAAUAAGUAAUCAAAAUGUAACAAAGAAGUUUCCAUCAGAUAACAUCACUACUACUAGUAUUAAUAAUAAUCAACGUAAUGUUAAAACACCACUUGGUACAUCAACUAUCAUGAAUUCAACUGGAACAUCAGUGUUUGGUAAUUUAGAUCAAUUUACUAAAAUAGAUUCGAAAGAUGUUUUACUCAGACGAAAUAAUAGUGUUUGUGGAUCAACUAUAAAAACUGGAUUGAACAGUAAUAAUCAUAACAAUAAUAAUUUGAUAACAAGUAAUGUAAUUGAGAGUAGUAAUUCAACGCCAAGUGUUGUACAAGUGUUCAAAGCAGACGAUAUUGUUACUAAUCAUCCUAUCACUACCGGUGAUGGAUCAUACGACAAUAGCAAAACUGAUUUAAUCAUAAAACAUAAAGAAUCCCCAUCAAGAUCAUUAGAUUUAGUGAGUUUUCGACGUUUCACGUCAACAACUAUACCAGAUAGUAGUAGUAAUGAUAAUAAUAAUGGGAAAAAACAUACAAGUACUAGUAAUGGUACAACUAGUGUUAAUCCAAGUGAAAAUAAUCGUAAUUCAUUCAUCCAGGAAUCUGAUAUUUCAACAACCACUUCUACUGCUACUACUGCUGUUAAUGACAAUUUGUUAUCGAUUAAUGCCACACAAGAUCAUCAUUCGAAUACAACAACUAAUUUUCAUAGUAGUAUUCAUCAAGUUUGGCAGGAUCCAUUACAAGAAUUAGCUAGAUUAACUGGAGCUGGUUCAAAACGUAAUGCUUUAUUACGUUGGUGUCAGUCACGUGUAUUAGGUUAUCGUGGUGUAGAAGUAACAAAUUUCUCUAGUUCAUGGAAUAAUGGUUUAGCAUUUUGUGCUUUAUUACAUACAUAUGUUCCAUCAAAAAUUCCAUGGAAUGAUUUAAUUACAUCUAAUGGUUUACCUAUUGAUAAACGACGUUGUUUUGAAGUAAGUUUUUGUUGUAUUAUAGUUCUUUUUAGUAUUAUAGAUUUAUAAUGAAGAUUAUCGUUGACAAAUGAUACUGAUGAAUGUGUAGCAUGAUUAUGAGGUUAUUUUUGAAUGAUGUAAGCUUUCUGUUUAGAUUUUUCUGAAUAAUAGAAAUAAUUGUUAAUCCAUAUCAAAUUGUGUAAUGAUUAAAACAAUUAAAUUUCAACCAAUCAGUUAUCAGUUCAUAUUCUGCUUCAUGUAUUUCAGUUUGAACUAUCGGGUAAUAUUAUUGACUCUUACACAAAUAGUAUGACCCAAAGUCUAGUUCACAACCUAACCUCUUGUAUACGUGAUAAAUAAAUUACAAAUACAAUGACACAUUCAUUUGUUUACUUCGGCAUGUUACUGUUAUAAUACUACAUUAGCGAGUGACCUUUUCAAGCUUAUUGACAAAUAAUAAUCAUGUCGUCAGUCAAUGAGUUACAAUUUUUUCUUAGAUGUCACUUUUGGUGAAUUCCAAAAGCUUUAUUUAUCUAAUCAGUUGAUAUUCUUCUUAUAUCUUAACUAAUCGGAGAAACUUUCUGAUGUUUCUACAAAUUAGAUUUAUAACUUAGAUUGAUCUUUUACAAAUUAGUUUCGUUAAAAUAUAAUGUACGCGGAAUAAAUAACAGCUGUCUUAUGAUAAACAAAUUUUUUUGUUAUAUCCCGAUGAGUAGAAAAAUUGUAUUUCUGACGUUUCGUGACUUAAUGCAAGCCACUUCUUCAAAGGAAAUAAAUUUAGUUCGGACCUUUAGGUCUUAUGGCUUUUUUGAGGGCUGAUCUCAAGCCAUGACCAGUAGAGUUAAACCAUAUCCAGUGUAAAGUAGUUACCCACUAGUGAUAUUGCAAUAUGAUUAUUAUUUAUUUAUUUAUUUGAACACAUAAAUAUUGGUACAAGAGAGCGCCAAUAUAUAUGCGCCACACAAAACAAUGGGAAUUCGAAGAGAAGUAGAAAGAGAAAGAAAAAAAAACUAAGGAACGC